AUGCAGAAAAUUUUAGAGCAGUUUGGAAACUUGUGGAUUCUCCAAGAUCUCGGUUUGGAAGUUCGGUCUUGGCAGAUCAAACCCAUCAAGCACACGGGAAUACACGUUUCCUCCAAGACGUGCAACGGGUUUGAGCUUGUUGAUGUCGACAUAGGUCAAGGUCUCGUCGGCAAUAUCCUCGCGAACAUGGAAAUGAAGCCCUUCGAUAAGGAUGAUGGUGCCGGACUUUUUGGACGGAUCCGUCUUGGAAUCAAAGUUGGUUGCUUGGACCACUUUUGCUUCAAUUGA